UUCAGCUUGUUACUCUCGGAGAGACAAUAUGAUGCAAAAGAAGAAGCCGCCUGUUGAUUUUCUCAACGCCCUUAGCACGGAUGCUGCUUGAGAGAAGAGUAGAUAAGUACAUGGCAAAGGCAAAAGGCGAGCGCAACGUCAGAAGUACAAACGGAAUAAUGAGCGUUGGCUUUUAGAAGUAUUUGAACACUUACAAGCGGACGAGGCGUUAGCGUUGCCCAUGUUGAAUAUUACGCGGCGCCAAAUAUUAAGCGAAAUUUAGCUGUGGUAGUUUCAUUGGCUCACCAGACUUCUGGUGUAGUCUCAUUCCUUAUCUCACGCGGCCGCAGUAGAAAACCAUGUUGCUUCGCCUCCAAGAGCCCGAGGUGGGAUCCACCCUGCGGGUGCGAGUCGCGGAGGUGUGUCCUAGAUUGCGGUGGAAGAGGUUGGAGUUGAUACGGAUUGCAAAUACCCCUGGAACAAGUCUGGAAAGUUGUAAUGCUAGAAGUACAUGAAUGAAAAGCUGACUCCAGUACGCAGCCACACAUGAUAAUUUUCGUAGUGCACAAUUCGCAUCAGAAAUCCCGUUUUUCCCUGACAAAGAGACAGCGUACUGCAUAGCAUUGCAUCCAUCACAACGCUCGGGGGUACUUACUAGUAUUCGGAUCCAGCAUUACCGGUCUUGCAAUCUUCCAGACCCAGGCUGCAUAUUUGCACUUGAUAAUUGAGUGUCGGAGACUACGACGCACCGGUAGAGAUAGAAAAUACUGCGGCGAGCUCUUCGACAGCAGGUAUGCGUAUGUAUGAUUUGUAUUGUACCUCGUCCAUCAAUAGAUUCAGCAGUCGAAUGGAAAGAACGCUGGGAGAAAGUUUAACGUAAUAUGCGGCAUGCUGUAUUACUAUUACAUUUACAACAAGAGCAGUGAUUUUUCUUCUACAUGUUUGUCGUGCUCGUGCCCCCUUUACUUAGAUAAAUGUAGGUCUUCUAAAAUAAAAUCAUGUGAAAGGUCGCUACGAAUUCCGGUGUCGUCCAGAGGAUCAGUUGAGAAUCAAGAUCGAAGUGGAGGAAACCGACGACGAAGCAGGGUCUUCAACCGGCAGCAGAGCGUCGAAAAACAGUUUGUUUUCGUGCUGUUUUUCCCCUUCCUCAAGAGCCCGGAGCGGAGCCCUAGCGAAUGCGAGCAGGACAGCCGGCGCGGGGACGACAAGCAAGAACGCCGGUAGCAGCAGCGGCGCGGGGUCGUGCUACUUGGAAGGAUGCGCGGUGGCCGUGGUGGCGGAGCAGCUCCCCGUGACGCAUACCAUUUCGCUGCAGAAAAUGUCGGAUCACGCCGGUCGUGGCGGAGGUAGAUUUUUAUUGUUGCUUGUCUGUCGUGCAACUCAGGAGUACUUUUGUACGUACACUAACAAGAUGAAGAUCAUCAUGCUGCAGGUGCAGCAGAUUUUAGAAUUUAAUACGCUGUUGAGGUCGUGUUCGUGAUAUGUAAAAGAGAAAUUAUGGUGAAUAUUGAAACAGUCUCGCCAGCCGCAGCAUUGGCGUCCUCCCCUCUGACGAAAAGCCCUGUUAACAACGCCUCCUGCACGAGCUUGCUCCGCAGCACCAGCAAAAAUCAAGCCUACGUGAAGAUUGAGCUGGCUUGGGCCAAGGACCUGUUCUCCGUUAUGUCGGGAAAAAUAAACUGUGUCGGUCUACUACCAUAAACCUUUGCACAGUCUUCAGCAAGCGAACAAAGUUGCGAAGCAUGGUUAUACAGCUCAUAGUACUUCUCAAGCAGAGAUGCUGAAAGCGGCAGAAAAAAUUAUACACACGUAUAUCAAUGACUCUGACUUGCUGUACGUACGUCGAACAGGACAGAAUUUUUUUUGAGACUGAAACAGUAGUUUUUUCUUGCGAUAUCCGUUCCCGAGUACGUGAUCGGAGCCUGCGCGACCACGGGGGACGCAGUGGGCACUGGAAAAGUGGCUUCCUCUUUGGCGAAGUUGCUGCAGGAUGUAGCCAGCAGUGGGGAAAGCAGUGUAUCAAAUGCAAUUGUAAGUGUGUCUGGGUCUGAAAGUAGAUGAAAACAGACCUUUUCCAUGCAAUUUUUGUGUGCAAAAAGUAAGAACAAACUUCGCGGAGGCGUCAUGUUCUAAGACAGCAUGAAAAUGGAUGCCUUCUCCUAGACCAAAAAAUCGCGCAUCAUGAUCUCCUGGCGGCUAUGCAAUACAGGUUUUUAUUGCCUGUUCGACAAUCCGUAUCACAACGUUCCAGACCCAGAAAAAAUAUUUGCAAUGCAUACAGUGUCCGGGACAACAACAUAGACGCUGGCGGAGGGUCCUGCCGUGCCACGAACUAAAGGCCGUCUACCGUGCCACGAACUAAGGGCCCGGGUCCUUGUGAAGGAUGUAUCUAAUAGCAUCAUCUUCAAAGCUUAUUUUUAUAAUUCCACUUUUCGUUUUCUUCUAAUUCUAUUGCACCAAAUUGAUGUACCCCGCACGCUCGCGUGUCUAGUGAAGACGGUACAUUACCGUGAAAAGGACAACAUGAAGUUUCAAGCAGCAGCGCUAAGCUUGCUCUUUCGCCGUGAAGGUUCGCUUUAUUUACAAGUUUCACGUUUCGAACUCAAUACGAUACUAUGACGACGCUGUCGUGCCACACCCGUUUUUGACGACAUGGCAGAAUUCAUGGCUGAGAUUCUGAAAAUGACGCGGCUUGAUGGAUAGUGACGGCAUGUUAUGACACACUCACACUCGUCAAUGGGUGAUCUUCUCGUGUGAAGGUUUCUGAGGACAACAAACAUGAAACGAACAAGCAUCGAAAUCUGUAUUUUUGAAAAGGAUCAUGAUGAU